CCUAUAGAGGCUCAUUCACCAGUGGACUAUAGGCAUCAGUGCAGCAAACAGUAGCAGUGGUCCAGGGAAGAAUGAAAGCUGCCAGCAGAAUUACAGCAAGGGUAUAACGGGUGACCUUUUUAUAGUGUGAACCACUGCGGGGAGCUCUAGAUUCAGCGGGGUAUCUGACGUCAAAAAAUCUGCGUCUCAAAUUGCAACAGUGAGGAGAAAGUGUAUAGAGAGAAAGGAAGGUCUGAGGGAAGGGAUAUUAUUAUAGUAUCUGAAAACUUCCAUUCCAUUUGGAUUUCAUCUUCAACAGCAGUGGUGCAGAAAAAAGUUGCAAGAAGUUGAGGAGCAGUCUCCAUGUAGCUGUCAAAAAUUGGCUAAGUUAGAGCAGACGUCAGAGGAGCACAUAGCAUCACCAUGGCACUAGGACAUGAGCGUUACAAGCUGAAGGACACGAUCAUCAACAUGGACGGCCAUAAAACAAUGUUAGAUAACGCGGGUCGUCCCAGGGCCCAUUCUGCCCCAGCAGUGGCCACCCUGAGCAUAGUGCAACCGAAAAAGAAGAAAAAAUGUGGCCAGGCACAGCCCAGUUAUCUUAUGGAACUCAAACCCAUGUUGAAUGGGCAUACAGUCCAUGCCGAUACAGAAAAUAAUAUUAGUACCCAUGAUCCUACUUGCAGGCACCAUCCACGAAACCAGAGGUCCCAUCACCACCAUGGUAACCACCAUCACCACAGCAACCAUCAUGGCCGCCGCAUGUCUAUGGGCCAACAAGUUCAGAGACAUUUUCAGCACGUUACGCGAGAAUCAUGCGAAAUGCACUGCUGUAGGAUUCAUAUUCUAUUAACAACAAUGCAAUUGUGCCUGGGUUCUACGAUUAUUGGGCUCGGCGCUUUCAUGGGAGUAGCAAUACCUUCUCUUCAUACGAGAGAGACGCCAUAUUGGGCAGGCAUUCCACUUUUCUUGGCAGGGGUAUUUGGCGCCAUCUUCUUCUGUGUGGCUGAAAACAGAUAUUAUUAUAGCGGCAGCUGUAAGCUAUUUGUGAUAAAGGCAGUGGUUUUUACCCUGUCCGCCAUAAGUGUAUUUGUGUGCAUCGUAGCCAGUAUAUUCCCGGGUAUCCAUGGUCGCCGUAUCGCACAGUACACCGGAGACUGCGUAAGAACUAAUGAAAUCUGUUACUGUCAUCUGGGUGAUGACAACGGGAUGGUGAGGGUGUACGCUUACCCUCACCUUCUUGACUGUCGUCCUGAGACUUUCACCAGUAUAAAAGAUAAUCUCAUAUUACAGUGUGCUCUCAACGCCAUUGGCUGUGGGGUUUCAAUAUGGCUUGUUGUGCUUCUCUGGCAGUCUCGCUACCAGAAUUACCCAUCAGGACUUCGCUUUUAUUCCUACAGCGCAAAUUCACAUCACCCUUGGAUGGAAACGACGAAUAGGCCUGCAUAUUCCACUCCCGUAGACACGCCCUCUUUCGACAGAAAGUUAUCACAGAAGCGCCUCCUAGCGAGGCAGCAGAAAGACGAGGAGGAAGAGGAACAAAAACGGAAGUGCAUCGCUAAUGGUCAGCAUCCUUCAGAUACGUAUAAAUCUGACCAGGCUGACCAGCAAACUGCUCUGUUAGCCAAGAAUGAAAGAUCUGCAGAUGACGAAGUUGUGAUUCAUUAAACCUCUCCGAACCUCAAACAAAAAAUGCUCCAUCAUCCUAUUAGUGAUAUGUACUUUAUUUGAAUACGGCACUCAAAGAUUUGGACUUGUGAAACAUUGUCCUUGAUACUGGCAGAAUUAGAGUUCUAUAUUUUCAGAGAGCGCUUUCAGAACAGCCGACUAACAGAUCCGCCCACUUGAAUGCUUGUUGUGUAAUCCCAGCAGGGAACGUAUUCAGUGUCUAAUCAGGAAUUAAGCGACAAGCUAAAUAGUGGGUCGCCAUAUUUGAUCCAUGGAUCUGUUAGUUCGCUGUUCUAAAUGCACUUAUAAUUAACUACUGGUGAAUAUGUUAUCCAGUAAAAAAUGAUUCAUUUGACCAAGAACCUUUCUUACGUAUUUAUUGCUUCCUGUACUGCUAACGAUGUAUGGUUUCUGUAUGUAUAUAGUGAAAAUUUUUCAAAGAACUACAAAAUAUUAAUUUGCUAACAACACAUAAGUCUUUGCCUUUAAAUAAUUUUCUACAUUUAUUUUCCAAUGUACUGGCUUAGCGUAAGUUUGAAAUUUGUCUGGAUUUCAUAUAUUGGAAUGUUACCUUUACCCGGUGGAGAAAAGAAGGAAAACUGCCUUGAACUUUGCACAUAUAUUUAUAUAUAUAGUGUGUGACACAUUGAAGCUCACAUAUACUUUAUAAUAUUCAGAAGGUCUUGAAAUAUUUUGUAUAUGUUGGUGAUUGAACAUGGCAUUGUUAUUCAGUUUUAUACCAAAUUACAAUACUCAGAACUACACAUACCUCUUUAUUGACUAAAUCAAUAGGUGCUUGCUUCAAUAAUUAUGGACCAUUGUUUAG